AUGGAUAAAGGUUCAAGUUCUGAUAGCAAUAUAUCUUUAGAUAGCUUAGAGCAUAAUUUUAAUAGAAACACAAAACUAAAAUGUGAUUCACCUUCAGAUGACAAUAACAUUGAUACAAUAUUAGUACCAUUUUACGAGAAAGAUGUACUUAUAAAAGUAAACAAAGUUCAUAAAAAGAAGAUAUUAGAAGAACGAGAACAUCGUUCAAGAAAGGAUACUCAUUCGAGAAGCAGUUAUCUUGUUAAAAGAGACGUUAAAAAAGAUAAGCGUUCAUCGUAUUUAGAGAAGUUUCGAAAACAAUUCACCAUUCACCAUAAUGUUGGAAAGAAGGAAGAGGAGCACGAAAUACGUUCUUUAUCUCCCGAAUUUGGAGAUACUGAAAGAGAAAGCUUCGGGGAAGAAGAUAACAGCCCAGUAAAUGAGUUCUAUGAGACAGAAGCUUAUAAUGAAAUGUAUUAUGAUAAAAUUCUUAACAGUGAGCUUGAGAAUUAUUCAGAACAUUCUUUUGACGCAGGUCUAAAUUUGGAUGACGAUAAAAGUCAAUCUGCCGAUGAAAAUAAUCUGAAAAGUAUAUCUGAAGUUUCUCAGCCACGUCGUCGCAUGAGAAGAGCUACCGUUCAACCUUUACAUAAUAUGAAACUAGGUGGCCUUGGUCCAGAUAUGGAGAAAAUCAAGCCAAGAUUAGAAAGAGCUCGAAGUUUGCAGCGGUAUUCAGAAAAAGUUAGAAUGGAAAACAGAUUAAAGAUUUAUAAGAAAUCACUUCAGAUAGAGCUCGAAAAGAGAACGAAUGCAAAUAAUUCUGCAAGACAACGGUGCUCGUCGAAAGAUUCUCCAAAAGUAGAACAGAAUGCAUCUUAUCUCGUCAACAAUUCAAUAGAAAAUGGAACUUCCAAAAUAGUAAAAAAAUCUGAAAUAAAACCUAAAUCAGCAAACAUGAAAAGGAAUGAAAAAUAUCAAAUUAAAAACGAAGUUAAAAAACAUGGAAAUAAUAAGCAGAGUGCCCAUACGCAUGAAACUAAAACUAAUGCAUUACAACAUUCUAACUCUAAUCAAUAUAACAAAAAAGUAGAAGAUGACAGAAAUAUUAAUAUAACGAAAUCUGUCAGAUCUAGUGCAAGAAGUAGAGGUAUUAAUACCGAUAAAGAGAAAACAGGAGAUGAUGUGCCACCAGUACAAAUAAGUUUUAUGGUCAACGUUGGCGGUGUUCGACCUUCCAGUGCAUUGCGAACAUUGGAAGAAAAACACAAGAUGUACCAAGAACAAAUUGAUUCUCAAACGUGUCCUUCUACCAGUUCAGAAUUGAAUAGGAGCAAUAAAAACUGUCUAGUCGACUAUAGCUCAACAGACUCUGACACUGCAAACAAUAACGUGUUAGCUGAACUAAACAGGCCUCAUGAUACAAUCAGACGACCAAUAAUUCACAGUUCUGAGUCAGAUACUUCUAUUACUGAUAAUUAUGAAGAAGAAGCAUUCAUUUUGCAUCAUCGAUCUCGACUACAAAAUGUUGCAGAGCAGGCUUUAAAUGUAUACAAUUCAUCUGAAGAUGAAAAUGAAUAUCAGCUAUCAUUGCCACAAGAUCAAGGUACUCCUAUCAAACAAAUUAGGACCUCGUGUCACAACAAUGUUAAUGUAAAAACGCAAGGCUCUGAAACAAGUAACGACGACGACUCGGAUUACAAUAUUCCAUUAGAAAGACUGAGAAUCAAAAAGAGUCUUAAAACCCCAUUUCAAAAAUUAUUGUCUACACCAAACUAUGCCGUCAUAAAACAAAAACCAAGGCGCAAAGCAAUCAAUUAUAAAGGCCGCAUAAUAACAAAGGAUAUAUUUACUGACAGAGAAAAUAAAAAAGAACGCCAAAGGAACCAAAAAGCAUCUAAUAGUGGAAUUAAGAAGAACCAAAAGAAAAAAAAAGUUUACAAUAAAAAAACAAAAGAAAAUCACAACACAAUAGAUGAAGAAGACAAGUGGUACUGUUACGCGUGUAAUGAAGAGCGGUUUUUAGCAAUGCGAAAAUGUUUUUCAUGCAACAAAUGGUUCCACGAAGAAUGCUUGGGCUUAACGAAAAAGGAUAUGGAUUUUGAAUGUCCAAUGUGCAACUAA